AUGUCGUUGUUUGGUAUUACAAUGAUGGGAGCACAGAAUUGUUUUGAGUUCCAUAAGGGAGUUUACGAAAACUUUGAAGAAUAUGAUGAUAACCAAUGCUCUCAAACAAGGAAGCAAUCAGAAGCAGAAAAACAGAAAUUUAAAUAUGUAAAACCCUCAUCGGAUUCCCGAUCAUUGGGAUCGAAUCAAGAUCAGCCAUUUGCCAUCGCUUCAAAAUACAUAUCUCCAUUAUCCAGAAAUGCAUCUCAAUUCGAAAAGUCCAAAACCAUUGUAAAAGAACCUAGCCAGGGCCCUGCUUUGGACCAAACUGUGGAAAUGAAUUCGUUUAAUUAUUUAAAAGAGAAAAAAGAAAAACAUGUUCGAUAUAAUUUGGAGCCUUCUGAAAAGUCCAAGUAUCCUGUCACUGCUUAUCAAGAGAUUGGUUGGCUCUCGAAUGUUCGAAAUGUUCCUUCUACUUCCACUUUCAAAGAUUCUGGGACGAGUCAAUAUGCUCAUUUGUUUCAUAACAUGUCGAAUAUAGUAAGGGAGAAGAACUACAACCAUUCAUCGACAAGAGACGGUAGAAAGUUUCACUUUCCAUGCAGUCACACUGACAUUGUUCAAUAUAGAAAUAAUAUGAUUUUAAACAACCAUUUGUAA